AUGGCGGAGUUUGUGAGAGAGGUGCUGGUUGAUGUUUUGCCUUUUGCAUCUACAGGGAAGAGAGCGGAGGAUGAUAGUGACCCUGACGAGUCGCCGGAAGCUGGCGAGAAAGAGCUCUUUGCAUCAUGGGCUCUUUUCAUCCUGAUCAUGCUCCUAAUAACGGCCCUUUUUACGAGCUACAUCCUACAGCAGAAGAAAGUUCAGGCGGUGCAUGAGACCGUUAUUUCAAUUUUCGCUGUUUCAUUCAAUUACCAAUUUUUCUUCAAUCUUCUUCUUCCUCCAAUUAUUUUGGCAUCUGGUUAUGAGUUACAUCAGGCAAAUUUCUUCCGAAAUAUCGGAACGAUCCUCACAUUUGCUUUUGUGGGCACAUUUAUUUCCGCGCUGGUCUUGGGUCUCAUUUUAUACUUGUGGUCCGUGAUUCCCCUGGACGGAUUAUCGAUAUCGUUUGUCGAAGCAUUUUCAGUCGGAGCUACGCUCUCGGCAACGGACCCCGUCACCAUUCUCGCUAUCUUCAACGUAUACAAGGUCGAACCUAAGCUUUAUACUGUGAUAUUCGGGGAGUCGAUUUUGAACGAUGCGAUUGCUAUCGUGCUUUUUGAAACGGCGCAGAGAUAUAAGCCCGGCAAUGCCGCGGGAUCGCUGACGCUGCUUAGUUUAUUUGAGGCAGUUGGUGUGUUCUUGCUCGUGUUUUUUGGAAGCUUGGUGAUCGGGGUGGCUGUUGGUAUAUUGACCGCCUUGGGUUUGAAAUACACCCAUGUGCGGAGAGAACCUAAGAUCGAGAGCUGUCUCAUCGUCUUGAUUGCUUAUGCCAGUUACUUCUUCUCGACGGGAGUUCAUUUGUCCGGGAUCGUGUCGUUGCUAUUCUGUGGCAUCACAUUGAAGCAUUACGCGUACUAUAACAUGUCGCGUAGGACGCAACUCACAACGAAAUAUCUUUUUCAAGUACUGGCACAAUUAUCGGAGAAUUUUAUUUUUAUCUACCUCGGCCUGGACUUGUUCACGGAACCUAAUUUAGAGUUCAAACCGCUUUUCAUCAUGAUAGCAGUGGUUGGGAUUUGUGUUGCUAGAUACAUGUCCGUCUUCCCCCUUUCAAAGGCAAUCAACUGGUUCAUUCGAUAUAGAGCUAGGCGUCGUGGAAGGGAGGUUGCCGACGAACUUCCUUUUGCCUACCAAGGCAUGCUUUUCUGGGCUGGUCUUCGUGGUGCAGUCGGUGUGGCUCUCGCAGCCGGCCUUGAGGGACCUAAUGCCCCAGCGCUGCGAGCAACAAUUCUCGUUGUCGUUGUUCUGACAGUUAUAAUAUUUGGCGGGACAACAGCACGAAUGCUUGAGAUUCUCGAAAUCCGCACCGGCGUCGUCGAGGAAAUUGACUCCGAUGAUGAAUUUGAUAUUGAGAUCACUGCUGGAGGAACGUACUACAAACACGAUGGAACUGGCGUUGGCCACAUCCCAAGGCGCAACGGACACACCGUACCCCUGGAUACUAUGAACCUAGACCGUGAAGACGUCGCAGAAGGCUACUCGAGCGGCAACAACGGCCGCAUUGCACCACAGCGGACCCAAGGAUCCAUCGCCGCCAGGAAAAACGCAGUAAACCCUGCCGUCUCAAAACGUCCCGCGACGCGUACCGUCAGCGGCGGCACACAGGAGAACGACGCGGAUAUCGAUGACUUCGAGUUAGACCUUGACGCGUUCUCGGAUGAUGAUCUUCCUCCAGCUGCCCCGGGCAGUGGCAGCAGGGUACAGGCAUCAGGGGAGCCGGUAUCUUCAGUGAAUACGCAAACUGCGACAUCCGCCCAGCAACGCGUCUCCCCUUCACGUGCCACCACUCUUGGUGUCGCUGGAGGCGAUGGGAUGGGUUCGGGUGCUCUGGCAGAGGCAUCGCAAGGAGCUGCAGGAUCUUCUUCCUCGUCGAAGCCGGGCGCUUCGGCCGUGAUCCGUGAAUUGUUCUCCAGUGGUGCUGAUGUUGAUCAUGCGGCUUGGUUUAGGCAGCUUGAUGAAGAUUAUAUUAAGCCGAAGCUGCUGCUAGACCAGGGGUCUGGGCAUCGCCAUCAUAAGGGCCCGGGAGCUGUAUAA